ACGAACAGCGCGAUCGCGUUGCGCGCCGUCCGACUCCGAGCCGCGUGACACAAACGUCACAGACGACCGUUCGCAGGAAUAACAAUCGCAAAGUAAUAGAUUCCGAAGUGUGUGUGCAGUAAAAACAAUAUGAAACGCGACCAUGACCAUUGUAGAUUUUGAUAAAAAAGAAAGAAUUGAUAAAACUCUGAAAAAGUUGCGCCUUUCGAAUCGCGGCGAAAGUAACGGCGAGAGAUCGAUGAUCCUGUGAUUUACGAAUCGACGGAGGGAUUGAAGUGCCGAUGCGCAGAAUAUCUCGCAGUGCAGAAAUCGUGAUUUGAGUAGGUGGACUUUGUGCGGUGUCGCGAAAACGAAGUAACCGUUCGACGCAGUUUCGCGCUCGGACGACGAUCAUUUCUUAUCACCCGAUCGUUUUGUUACUCGAACGUUACAAGAAGUUACGGAGGAAGAUUAUGUGUAUAUUGCUGUCUUCGUUGCAACCGGAUGUACGCGCGUCACUUCGCAACGUCACUAGCUCUCAUCUGAGAAAAACAGUGAUUAUUUACUUAUCAGCAUCUCUAUAAUUUGAUCGUGAGAAGCAUCGCGAUCAAUCGCGAGGAAAAUCUCAGCGAAUGAUAUUGAAAACUGACGGUUCAUGAACUGCGCACGUGGAAAGUGACUCUCUCCUCUUUCUCUUUCCUUUUCCCUAUCUCUCUUUUUGUUUUCUCGAUGACGAGAAAAGUUGAUAAGGAUAUUUGCGCAUGUGCGUCGAGUGAAUAAGUUCGUGCUGAAAUUCGCUGUCGCUCAAGCAAUCCAGCGAUAACAUCGCUUUAUUCGCGGUAAUUACACAUUGUAAUUUCUCGGGGAUUUCCCGGGACGCCAACUAUAUCGCCGCCUAUUCGUUUCCGGACAUUUAACGGAAGUGACCAAUUUGAUCGCAAAUACCGCGGCACUUGUUGAUGCGAUUGCUCGGCACGCGACUUCGCGAACGACGGCGACGACCAGUAACGACGACGGGCGUCGCGACGCGUUUCGCAAGAUUUCCCGAGAGACAUGAGGGAGCAUCGCUUCGAUUAGCGCAUCCGAAACAUCGAGAAGAUCGAGCGAGGAGCGAUGAUCAUCGUUAGCUGAACCGGCCGAGGAUCGCGCGGAAGGACCCGCGGGGGGGAGGGGAUUAUUAUGUUAGGAACGGGAUUAUGCGCUCUCCUGAAGGUGUUGACGCUGGCGGUAGCGGUCGUCGCGUUUUUGCCGGAGGAUCUGGAGGAUGGCAUCCCUCCGGCCAGCCUCCAGGAGGAAUGCGCUUCGAAGUGUCCGAACUUAGAUCUCACGCAGAAUCGAACCGACGACCUGAGCUCGGAGGUAGGAUGCGGGGUGCGGUGCAAGAUCGAUCAGUGUACAAAAGGCUGCGAAGCAUGGGAACAAGCGCUCGUCACAAACUGCCAAGCUGUUUGCAAUGGAACGCAAGAAUUACUACCACCGAAGGAACUGUACUGCGUUUUGGGCUGCCACGACGCGUUAAAUCGUUUCUUCCAGCAACUCAAAGCGGAAAUCGGCACGCCACCGGCGCCAGCGUUGGUCGCGGACUCGUUGACGGCUACGUCGCUCAGACUCGAGUGGAAAGGCAUAGAUGUACACAGACGUGUUGGCAGCAUUUCGUACCUGGUGCAAUAUACGAGGCGCUACGAGAAAUCAGCUGAGACAUGGCAGUAUUGCAGGAAUCAAUCGUGGGACAAUGGCAAUCGCCAGAUACUGGUCGAAAAUUUGCAGCCGUAUACAAAUUACAAGUUUCGCGUAGCGUUGCUCCUGAAAUUGUCGGUCCACAAUCCGGAGCCGAUCGUGUCAGCGCCGGUAGUGAUAACGACACUGGCGGCUGGUCUGCCGACGUCACCACCGAGAAUUGUAAGAGGCUCGGCGGUAGACAGCUACCGCGUCUCUGUGUCUUGGGAACCGGGCGAAUUUGUGAACGGGCCACUUUUGUCGUAUGUCCUGCGCCUGCAAGGGGAUAAUCAUACCCAGCUUAAGGAUAUUCCAGUCAAAGAAAGCACCGGUCUUUACAUGUUUCAAAAUCUCAUACCUGAUCAGAAUUAUUCUAUCAGUGUGACUAUGAGAAAUGAAGUCGGCGAGGGUCCACCACAGACUACUUAUAUUUCUACGACCCCUCUAGAAUCUAUCGUGAAGGACACGCAACAGCCGAUUCUCAUCAUCGGAAACGAGCAUACGGUCAUGAAGCAGGGCGCCGAUAUGCUGGACGAGCCCAGCGUCGUUUACGAGACGAAUUCUGUGAUCCGCGGUGUGGCGAUACACGUGGCGUCCGCUCAAUUGUUCGUUUCCACUUCAACGGGUUACGUGUAUCGAACGUCGAUCAUCGAGCGAUCGAGCAAGGCUGAAGCUAUCUUGAGCCCCGGUCAAAUGAAUUUCGAACCACUGAGUCUUUCGGUCGAUUGGCUGAAUCUCCACCUGUACGUUUUGGGAGAAGUAAAACACGCGACGAGCAAGUGGCAAAUAGCCAGAUGCAAUCUCGAUGGCAGAGGCUUGACAGUGGCCAUGGCUGGAAUUCUGAGUCGACCCUCGCACAUCGAGGUCGAUCCUUACAACGGAUAUCUCUUCUGGGUCACUAAAGUGGGGCUGUUCAGAUUGGAUUUGGCCGAUAUCAGCAAUGGUGUGAAACACGAGGCUCAACCAUUUGUAAUUGUUGAGGACGCGCAUUUGGGCGCUUUUACAGUAGAUCAUACGAACUUUCGAUUACUCGUUCCUCAUCACACUCGGAACACGGUGAUAUCCGUAUCACUGGACGGUCGCGAACUUGUUGAUCUGCGUCCUAAUACGCAGAAGCCUAAAUUCAAUAACGUCGUUUCCCUAGCUAUGGCAAAUGGAUUGUUUUUUUGGACUAAUGGCGCAGGGGUCCUCGCCGAAAACUAUCAUUCCGGCCAAAACAGAUACUUCCACAAUGCAUAUCCCGACACGUCUGGCAUUUCCUUCGUCAGCGUCAACGUGUUGAUAAAUGCUAGUCAACCAGUUCCUAUUCCAAUAAAUCCACCCACGGGAGUGCAAGCAGUUCUAGGAGUGGAAAGAGCAAAAGUUUCCUGGCAAGCUCCUCAUUUGCUGGGCGGCCAAGGAAAAGGCGCUUGGCAAAACUGGUCGUACGAGCUCGAAAUCAAGGAUGAAUCGACGAAUGAAACUGUCCGUCAGAAGGAUAUCGCCGGAUCGUCUCACACUGUCCACAAUUUGCGAGAAAGAUUGGAAUAUUCGAUCAAAGCUGCAGCGUACACGAGCGCCGGCAGAGGACCGUGGUCUUCGGAAUUCCGAGGGCAAACCUUAAAGAGUGGUACGCAUGCGUCUAUCUUGUGGUCAUCGAACGAAGGGCUCUUGAGAAGCGACGUAACCGGCGAAAAUAUAGACACGCUCGUUUAUAAAGCUAGUCUGAAAGAAUUCGAGAGCGAAUUUCAUAUUGUUGACGUUAGUUGGUACAAGGACGCGCUGUAUAUAGUAGGAAAUAAUUCCGCGCUAUAUCGUUACAAUAUCAAAACUCAUGAGAAGAUGAAACUCAACAUCAACUCGGUCGGAAGCGUCGCUGUGGACUGGAUAUCGAAGAAACUAUACUGGGCGAAUCCAAAACAACAAAUUAUAACAAGAGCGAACCUGAACGGAUCUCAGCAAGAACCGAUGUCCAUCCUAGCAAUUGUAAAAGAGCUGAUAAUCGACUCUCUGGAGGCGUAUUUAUAUUGGUCAACUGGUCACGCUGUGGAAGUUGCGCGAUUGAAUGGACAGGACAGGAGAUACUAUCAUUCGGAUGAAAUUUUUAAUGGCAAACAAGUAAUGGGACUAACGCUCGACACCGAAAACAGAUAUGUUUACUGGAUCGUUCGAAGUUACGAAAGCGGAUCCAUUCUCUAUCGAGCACCGACAUCCGAAAGAAUUCCAAUGAACCAGAAAAUCGAGCCGAAAAAGGUCUCUGCUUUGCAACAUCCAAACAUGCAAGGACCUUUAUGCUAUUUUUCCGAGCAUCUACUGUGGCUGCAGGAUGACAGAAAUGCUGUGAUCGGCGAUCUGUCCGGUCAAAAUACGGCCGUCAUAAACGGGAUUACUUUGUCUGGUUUAUACAUGGUGGCCAUUAUGGAUCCUGCGCUUCAUCAGUAUCCGGAAAAUUUGACGUCGGAGACAGUAGUGGUCUCGCCGAACGCCGUCGAUCGCGAUAGCAUAAGAGUCGAGGGAACCUGGAGAAAUUUCAACAUUUCCUGGGAUCCUGUAAAGAAUAUCAAUUACGGCACGGUUUUCUACGAAGUAAAGUUCGCGGAUUACAUUAAUACGAACUCGAACCCAGAAAUCACGAUUGAAACGACGAUGCCGUACAACAACUCGGAUCAGAUCCUUCCCUAUUCCGUCCUGGAGGUCACCGUGAAGGCUUUCACAUACUGGGCAACCGCGCAUCACUCCCAGAUGAUCUUGAGAUCUCCACAGAGCGUGCCGAGUCAGCCAACAUCUCCCAGAGCGUUUGUUGAAUUUUAUAAAAAGGUGCUGAGCGAAAAUACAGACAUCUUUGUGAUAUUCAGAUGGAAUUUGCCUGAAUUUACUAACGGACUCAUUCAAGGAUACACGGUUCAGUGCUGGUUCUUCAACAAUCUGGAGAAAAUUGAAGUCUGCAACGACUACAGCAUCCCGUCCACGACAUUGGAGUACACGGCGUAUAAUUUAUUACCCAACACGACGUAUUAUUUCCAAGUGCGGGCGCACACCAGGAUCGGCGCUGGUCCUUACACGGAUUUAAUCAACGUGACAACCAUGUACGAGAAUCCGGUGCCGCAAUUAUUGGUCGCCACGGCGGACGCUGUGAGGAUAUCCGAUCUGGAUCAGGAGAUUAACUACACGCUCACUAGGCACAUCGCGAAAGAGGUCAGCUAUUUGGCAGCGGAAAAGAAGAUCUAUUGGAUCAAUGAGAUGCGAGAGUUGGUGACGUCGGACAUGACCGGAACCAACGCUACGAAGAUACUCGAUCUCAACAAUACUGCGGAUAGCCUCUGCGUCGACUGGGUGGCGAAGAAUCUGUACUGGUCGGAGAGCGGAUACAGGGAACACGGAUACAGGGAAAGCAACGGCUACAUCAUGAAGCUGGAUUUGACGAUGUGGCAAGCUGGCAAGAUCAAGUACGAAAACAUCGUGAAGACAGGGAGGCGUGUUUUGAAUUUAGAUGUGCUGCCGUCUCAGGGAUCUUUAUAUUGGAUUGAGUCGACGAAUGAUCGCGGCACAAUAAUGCAAUCGGAUCUGAACGGGAAAAACGUGCAACCUUUCUUCAAAAACAUAGGUGAUACGUGCUCCUGCCCAUAUAAACCGUCCGGCAUGGUGAUCGCGAUGGCGAUUGAUAAAACCAACAUCCAGAAACCAAUGAUGUACUGGGUGAUGGAGGAACACUUAAUCGUGAUAGACAUUUAUCGUAGUGAAUCGUUCGUGGACCGUGGUGGCUGUACGUGUGCCAAUGUGUCAAGCUCGAAAUUUAGCAAAGUGACGUCUCUCACGGUUGAUAAGAUGAAUAUCUAUUGGUCCAACGCAAUGGAGAAUCAAAUUUAUUUCUUGAAGAAAGAGCACUUUUUCGUCGCGAGCAAGGAAAACGUGUCCGAGUUGAAGAUAAGGAGCUUCUAUCUACCAGGUGUGCGCAGCAUCAGAGCUCUCGGCAAGUCCCUGCAAUCCUAUCCCACCGCGAACUGCCUGAAGCCCGACCAGGUUUCAUCAGGUUCAGAACACGCGUCCUACCGCGUGAAGGAAGUAAAUACGACGUCCAGCAGCAUAGUCGUCCAGCUUCCGGAACCGAUUCCCCAGCACGGCUGCAAGAAUUACAGCCUACCCAGCUCGCUGUACACCAUCUACUUGUGGCCGUGUCCGGAGAACGAUCGCAACACGCCUUGCCAGAAUCGCGAGUGGCUCAAGGUGCGGACGUACGAGCGGCGCUACGAAAUCCGCAAUCUCAAGCCGUUCACGUGGUACAAGCUGGAGCUGGCGCUGAGUAACAUCUACACCGAUCUAGAAAACUUAGAUCUGGAGUUCGGCCCGGGCGUGAUGCAGCGGACCGGCGUGAGUAAGCCUAGCGCGCCGGAGAAUGUCACGGUGCAGGUGCUGACGCCGACCCUGGCGGUGGUCUACUGGCGUCCUCCCAGAGUCUUGCAUUCCGCAGCGGUGCACUACGAGGUACACUGGUGGUCGACUUUGCUGGUGAACGGUGUGCGACAGAAGGGCGAGCAAGUGAUCAAGGAACCGGAGCGCGCGGCGGACGGCAGGUUCUUCACGACGUUGAAGCCGCUGCUGCCGGGGCAGGAUUACAAGGUGUACGUGCGCGCGUAUCCCGCCAAUUUCAACGACAACUACAACGAGAGUCUCGGCGAAACCAUCCACACGUACGCGGAACCGAACAACUUGACGGUGAUCGGAGUCAGUGUGGACGGUAUGAACAUUUCCUGGAUCCCGAGCGUCAAUCUAAUGACCUUUUACGCGCUACAGUACAAAAACGUUGCGGUGGAGGAGUGGCAAACCGCGAAUAAAUACGAGAAGGAGAAUGGCAAAGUCAGGUACUACAUAGAAGGCUUGCAGCCGCGAACUUUGUACAAGUUCCGCUUGGUAUUGAAAUACCCCGCGUACGAAGAGAAUUUCAUAUGGCCGUCCGAUGGGAGAUUCACAUUUCAAACGCUUGGUGCCGUUCCGAGCGCUCCCGGGAUGCCGACGGUGACGAGACUUCGCAAUUCUGUUUAUCAAUUGAACUGGGAACCUGCGCAGGCUCACGGCUCGCAAGUGGCUUUGUAUCGGCUGGAGGGUUUAAUCGCCGACGACAAUCACAAGCAAGACGAGGAGCUCGACGAAAACGAGCACUGGAAUUUGUAUUACAACGGAACGGACAAUUAUUGGAUAAUUACUGGAGAUAUGGAUGAAAAGUAUCGAUUUCGCGUGCAAGCUAAAAACGCCUACGGCCUCGGUGCUUGGAGCCGAUUAAGCACCGUCGUUGAUCUAACAGAAUCCAACGGUGGAAUAUUGGCCACGCAACAACAUCUACCAUUAAUGUUGGGCCUCAUUGCAAUCGUCAUUACUAUCAUGUUGGUGUGCUUCUGCUAUUUUUUCUGCCCAGUGUACCGACAACGUAAAGAAGACAAAAAGGCAGUUCUGCCCCCGAUAGUGUCGGACGUCGAGCUGGCGACACUUCGCGAGAUCCCUCGCGGGAAUUUCGUUCAAUCUAACGCGCUCUACGCUUCUACGCUGCAGAACGAUCCGGACGAUACCGCAUUGCCUAAGAUCAGACAGGAGCAGAUUACACUGGCGAAAUUCCUGGGCAGCGGUGCAUUCGGAAAGGUAUUUUUGGGAAGUGCGAAGGAUUUAGAAGGACCGGGCACAACGCCCGUUGCAAUAAAGAUGCUGCGAAAGGACGCGAACUCGCGAGAGAAGACGGAAUUCCUGCAGGAGGCGAGACUUAUGAGCCAUUUUCGGCACAAGCAUGUACUGAGGUUGCUCGGCGUCUGCUUCGAUACGGAUCCUCCGUUACUCGUGUUGGAAUUAAUGGAAGCUGGUGACUUGCUGAGUUAUUUGCGGGAGAGUCGGGCUUUACAACCCACCGACUCACGCGCGCUGCGUCUACAAGAUUUACUCGCCAUGUGCGAAGACGUUGCACGAGGCUGUCGCUAUCUGGAGGAACUGCAUUUCGUUCACAGAGAUCUCGCGUGUCGAAAUUGCCUGGUAUCCGCGCGGGAUCGCGAGAACCGCGUUGUAAAAAUCGGCGACUUCGGACUAGCUAGAGACAUUUACAAGAAUGAUUAUUAUCGCAAGGAAGGAGAAGGAUUACUUCCAGUUCGCUGGAUGGCACCGGAAUCCUUGGUGGACGGAGUGUUCACUUCACAGAGCGACGUUUGGGCGUUCGGAGUGCUAAUGUGGGAGAUUACCUCGCUGGGUCAACAGCCCUAUCCUGCCCGAACCAAUCUUGAAGUGUUGCAUUACGUGCGUGCCGGCGGUAGGCUACCGAAGCCUCUCAACUGCCCAUCGACGUUGCAUCAAUUAAUGCAGCGUUGCUGGAGCGCAGCGGACGCGAGGCCGAGCUUCAAAAUUUGUCUCGAGAGUAUCGUUCUUCUGAGAGGCAAUAUAGAAGACGCGAUAUUGAGCCCGGUGCACACCGGGCAUUACCUGGCACGCAAAGGCGUGUCUAACAUGGCUUACUUUGCUGACGAGAAUCAGAAUCAUAACAAUUCAGGAAACUCCUGGAAGUCCAGCAGCUCCGAGGGAAGCCGAGACAUGCAGCCGUUCCUUCAAAACUCGAACAAUGCCACGCACAAUCCGCAAUCCGGCGAAGUCCCGAAGUAUCUUGAGUUAUUAGCGGACAACGAAGAUGCUGUCUCAAGAGAAAACCCCACGAAUGGCUACGAAGUACCUCGUUCGAUCCACGUCUCGGAUCAGAACUUAACGAGUAUAAGCAGGAUCAGUUGUGUGAAUCAGGACCGCAAGUGCAGUCUGCCAACGGAUAACACGCAAGAGCGCAAGGAACACACGACGGAGGAACGGAAGCAGUUUGACGGCAGGCUGUACGACAAGAGAUCGUCGAUCACUAGUCUAAAUUUACCGGACCGAAGAGGUGCGUCAGUUUCAGGCAUGCCGGAGAAGUGUAACACGCUGGACAGCUUGAAAUCGGCGAACUCAGUCGCAAAAGCGGCGCUCAAGAGAAACUCCUUCUCGUCCCUGAACGGCCAGCGAAAAUACAAGACUAACUUGAGCGAGCGAAGAGAUUCCGAGGCGAGUAUCGAGGACAGGAGUUGCAGCUCGCACAGUCUGGCGCCUUCCACGCGUCCUAGCUCGUCCUUGAUUAAUUCGCAGACAGUCCUGCCGUGCCUAAAGAACAACGUUACCGCGAGCAACGUUACCGGAAACGGCGAAGUGCCCUCGAUUGAGAGUACAGCGACGAAGAAUACGUUGUCGAAGAUCCAAAGGACUCACUCGAACUUGCAGAACGGCAAGGCAAAUAUACCGCUCGUGAUAAACAGCGCGCUGUUGAAUCUACUGCGGCAGACGCCCGUCGUCGAAGACGGCAACAGCAUCGUCACGUAUACGAAUAUCAACGCGGACGCUGUGAAAGUGAACGGAUCGUGAAUCGCUGCGUUGAAUUAAAAAUAUGAGACUCUAUAAGAGUUGCUUUUGAACUUGAGUGAGAUGUGAAACGAUGACUAAAUAUUCCGAAAUGAGUUGCGCUCGAGUAGAUCUGUUGUAGGGCUUGGAGCAACAAUUGAAUAAUUAUGCGAUGGGAGAUCUUCACUCAUAGUCAUUUAUGAGGUACUUUGUUGAAGUGUUUUCUUUUUAAGUAGUCUUCCCAAGGCUUGUCGCAUUCGAAGCCUAUUCAGACGGACUUGUCUCGUAACUCGCAAAAAGUUACUUGAGACACAGCUAGUACGGUUUUGCUCAAAUCUCUUUUUUUUCUUUUUUGUUUUAUCUUAACACGGUGCCUUAAGUAUAGCAAGCGUACACUCAUACAAUAAACUCUAUGUAUAUCGUUAAUACCCAAGCAUUGCACAAAAAGUGAGGAAGAGCAGCGGCGAACAGAGUGGAAUAGCUUUAAACUGCCAUUUUAACAUGUACAUACAUUUUUUUAUACUCAAAAAUUUGGCUUAUGUAGAUAUGGCAGACCGUUUCGAUGUGCAUAGCUAUUGCGAUUUCAGUCUUAAAACUGUUAUUUAAUAUAAGAAUCACAUACGUUGACGAAGAUUGAUAGAUGCAAAGUACAGUUUAUAACUUUAUAUAUAUAACUACUGUUUUAAAUAACAUAUUUAUUGAACAACCUAUGAUGAUAUUUUCACUGUUCAUUGUACAAAUUUCACAUUUGGUGAUAAUUAGCAGAUAAUAUGAAAAUCGAUAUAAGAAAUUGUUAAGUUUUUUUAUGUAGUUUUAACAAUAAGAAAUUGUAUAAUUUUCGUAUAAUCGAAAGGAUAAGUUUGUGAAUAUACAAAAUCCAAUUCACGCCAAUCGACUGACUAUACUUGAAAUUUGUAUUUUCAACUUGCUUUGUAGGAAAAUAAAUUGUCAAUCAAUGAAUAUUAUAGGAUUAAUCAUUGUAAAUAAUAUAUUAUAAAUGAUACUGGACUUUUAA